AUGUUCACCGCCAUCACUGCUCUUCUCGCCGCCUCGGCCACCCUUGUCUCCAGCGCCAGCAUCCCUGCGCGCCGUGCCACCAAGGGCUCUGCCUCCAUCACCCCCCACGACCAGUACUCGUCUUCCAUCGGCGUCCUUGGCUGCAAGAUCAACACCAACCGUGUCGCCUACUGGCCUGGCGCUCCCGGCUGCGACGACCUCUGCGUCAAGGUCUCCCACGGCGGCCGCAGCCUCAACCUGCUGCGCAUCGACUCCUCGGCCGGCGCCCACGACAUCUCUUACGAUGCCUGGAACUACCUCGCCUUUGGCUCCUCCGCCACCGACGCCCCCCACAUGGGCGGUGGCGUCGACAUGGACUACGAGAUCGUCCCCAUGUCCGAGUGCAAGGACCUCCUCGACGAUGGCAAGCUGCCUCUCACCGCCGCCAACAGCAUGAACUAUGUUUCGGCCUGUAUCGCCGACACCAACUCCUGGGCCGGCAAGAACCACGUUCUCUACAACAUUGGCAACGCCGUCUGCACCAUUGGCCACGACGAGGUCUGCAAGCUCGACCUCGCCGUCAGCAACCAGCCCUCGUGCCCUCACACCCUUGGCGCCGUCGACGCCCUCAAGGAAAACGAGGUCAAGAACAUUGCCUACGGUACUGGCAAGGUCUCUGUCGCUCUGUGA